AUGAGCGUGCCCGGCCCCGCUGCCUGUGCGCCGCUGCAGCAGCAGGUGGUGGGCGCUGCUGCCUGUGAGCCGCCGUGCUCGAUGGCGGCGGACCCUGCCGCCUACGCGCCACCUUUGCGCCCUCCGGCUCCCGCGCUGGCGAAGCUCUCCCUCCCACUCCCGCAGAGCUGCCACUCGAGUGUGGAGGAAGCUGCCGGGAGCGGGGCGGCUGCGGCCACGGCCGCCAACAGCUUGCUCGAGCAGGACGCCCUCGCCUCGACCGGCGGCGUCACAGACAGCCUCGCGCCCUCGCUGCCAGGCGGGGGCGAGCCGUCGGAGCAGCAGCCGCCGCAGAUGGCGCCCGAGCUGUCGCUGCUGCGCGGCCGCAACGCCGCGCUCUGGUCGCUCAGCGCGGAGGAUGGCGACGAGGAUGGGGGCGGCGGGGCAGAGGGCGGUGCCGUCCCGUCGCCUUUCGCGGCGGCAAAGCGCUGCCGCGUGGAGGGCCUCCCGCCGCCCGACAUCUGA